UGAACAUAAUUAUAUUGUGGUCAUUUUGUGAAAAGUGGGGAUUUCUGUUAAAUUAAAUAGUGAUUGUUUUGUGAAAAGUGGGGAUUUCUGAUAAAUAUAUUCUGAUCAUAAUUUUGUGAGAAGUAGUGAUUUUAAGUAGUCUAAGACUAGUGACAAAUAAUUGACAACAAAAAAAGGAGGAUUUUGACAUUAUUUUGUUAAUAUUUUGAACAGUACAUGGAUAGGGUCCAAUCAAGGUAAUGGAUUUCAUUUGGAGAAGAUAGUGUUCAAAAUAUACAAACAGGCAACAAUGUUUGUUGCGGGGACAACGGGGCUUGGUGGACCCUUGUUUCACAAAGAUCAGGUUCCAGAACACUUCCAUGAGAGCUAUAUUGUCAACGGUUAUAGGAACCCAAAAAGUCCUCCAUUCCAGUGCUUACUGAGCGUGUUUGAUGCCACGAACGAGACCCUCAACUUCUGGACACAUUUUUUACCAUCAUGGUAUUUUAUGUGGAUAUUAAAAGAUCUGUCUUACACGUUAGACUUUCAGCAUGACAGUUACACUUGGCCAUUACUGGGAUAUAUGUGUAUGUGUUGCAUUUACCCUCUAGCAAGCUCUAUUGCACACACCUUUAACACGAUGUCUGAUAAAGCGCGGCAUGUAUGCUUCUUUAUGGACUACAGUGCUAUCGCUGCGUCUGCAUUUGGCACGGCUUUAGCUUAUAGAGCGUACUCAUUCCCAUCAGAUUUCCGCUCUGGAUUUUUUGGUGAUAUGUUUUUGAUAGUAGCUUUCAUUAAUUCCAUUUUAUGCAUCGUUAUAUCAUGUAAAACCAGAUUUAUGCAACUAAGUACAUUCCGGAAAGUGAUAAGAAUCGGGUCAUUAGGGUUGCCAUGCAUUUACACAACUAUACCAACUACAUAUCGCCUCAUAUUCGGAUCUGAACUAGACAUGAAUUUAACGUCCAAUUAUCAACAUACAGUGAGCAUAAUUUUCAUGUACAUUGCCGGAUUUCUUUACGGGACCCAUUUUCCGGAACGCAUGUUUCCAGGAAGUUUUGAUAUUAUUGGACAUAGCCAUCAGCUUUUUCACGUGUGCGUGAUCCUAGGUACAAUGACACAGAUGCAGGCCAUUCUUUAUGAUAUGCAGGAACGGAAACAAGAACUUACGGCGACCUGGGAAUUUUCCGACCCCUCAUCCAGUAUAGGUAUGCUAGGUGCCGUACUUUUUACAAAUACAGUCUUUGUGAUAAUAUAUACAAUGUUUUUGUAUAGGAAAUCAAACAAAGAAAAAUCAUGUUGAUAAAUGUUUUUGUAUCUGUUAAUAUCGCCAAAAGUUCCGAUGGUUGUUUUUGAUACUGUUCUGUUUGAAGCUGUUAAAUGUUGUUUUUUGUCUAUUGUAUUGGUUAUUGGAUAAUUUUUUUUGAUAGAUAUUCCUUUUUGUUAAAGCUACAUGUACAUUACUUCGAAUUUUUAAGAUAUUAUUUACAAAAUAAAGAGCAUACUGAAAAUAAUCAUAGUAAUUUGUGAGCAAUUAUAUCUUGCAUAUUCUUUGUUCAAAUUGUUUGCUUAAUAUUGAAAACAAAGAAAGCAUCAAAUUUGCUAUUUUCUUUUUUCUGAGGGAAAAAAUUUCAAACAUUGCUGGGCCUUUAAAAAUCUAAAAUGUCAAUGAUUAUGUUUUCUAAAUCCAAACUACAAUACUGAACUUUCCAGAAAUGACUUAAUUAUACCCAGUGAUGCUAUGAGGUGCUUUUUUCACAAGUAUUUACCAUGCAUACAUGUAGUUCAGUUGAAAUGUUGUUUUUUUAUUAUUGAAUGAACAUUUAUAAGGUAUUCUUUUUAAGUAAAAUGAAAUGUGUGAAUGCAGUGAGUGUAGUUUAAAAUUGCUUAUCAAAUAACAAAUUAAACCAGCUUAUUUUGUAAAUUGUUGAAAUCGAGAAAACAAAAAGAACUGAAGAAGUGGAAAAUGUAGAAUCUCAUAUACUGAUACAGAAUUAACAAAAAUUAUAUUUUGUAUUUAAUUCACAAAUCAUUGUUGUUUUUACAUUGUAUAUGUAAGAAAUUCAUAUAAUUGUAAAAAAAUUAAGUUAAUGAAGACCUUUAUUAUAUUACUGCCAUGAAGUUUGAUAUUUAAUGAUAUUUUAGGGAGAAAUUAUUAUUUGGUUUACAUUGAUAUUAGAGGGUCCGGGAGAAGUUAUUGUUUAGUUUAUACUGAUAUUUGAGGGAGAAGUUAUUAGUUAUUGUAGCUAAAUUAUUUCAUUGUAUGAUGAAUGCAAAAUUCAGUCUUAAUAUGUUUUAUAUAAUGAUUUAAAAGGAUAUUUGAGGAUAUUUAUAGGAUGGG